UAUGAUCCAAGAGCCUGCUGGCAUGCAAUUCCCAAUGCUCUGCCCCAGAGAUUUUAUCUCUGUUUCCCUUUUUAUUUCUCUUCUUCUUGUUUCCAAUUUAUCUCCCUGUUCCGCACAAGACUACAUCAUAGGCGACCCCGGAGCAGCUGGCGGAGCAGGCGGCGGAGCAGUCGGCGGAGAUGCUGGCGAUGAUACCAAGGAGAAGCCGGCGGCGGGACCGCCAGAGCACAACAACUGUAAUGGCAUAUACUUGACCUACAAUUUCAUUUCGCGUGAGAAGGAGCUGCCCCGGUUAAAGAAUGCGACGGCUCAGGCUUGGGCCUUCAAAUCGGAGGCGACAAUUCUGAACUCCGGAUUGACUGAGCUCAAGGGCUGGAAGAUGUUCAUCGGAUUUCACCACCACGAGAUUCUCGUCUCCGUCGACGGCGCCGUCCUGUUGGAUGGCUCCGAUUUCCCUGCGGACGUUGGAAAAGGAGUCACUUUGGCUGGGUAUCCGAUGACCGAUCUUAAAACGUCCAUUGAAACCGCCGGUGAUAUUAAUCAGAUCCAAGUGACGGCUGCGAUCACCGGAUCACAAUUUGGCAUCAAGCCCCCUGGUGUUCCAAUGCCUAAGACAAUUCGCCUCGUUAACGAUGGAUAUAAGUGCCCUGCCCCUCGUCUUCGUGGGAAAAGAACAAUGCAUGUGUGCUGCAAAAAAGAUCCAAAGUUCAAGGAGAAAAAAGCACCCAAGGCCAAGAAAAUCAAAUUUCUGGCUAGGCAAAAUGGAGAUCUCUCGCUAACGUACGAUGUGAUGCAAUCUUUUGGAAACAACUACCUAGCUCAAGUCACAAUCGACAACAACAACCCACUGGGGCGCUUGGAUCACUGGAACUUAACCUGGGAAUGGAUGAAAGGAGAGUUCAUUCAAAGCAUGAGAGGAGCAUACACUCAUACAAGAGACAUAGCUCAAUGCGUCUACGGCCCCGCAGGCCAAUACUAUCAAGAUUUCGACUUCACCGGCGUCAUGAGUUGCGAUAAGAACCCGGUGAUGGCCGAUCUACCAGCGCAACGGAAGGACGAUCCCAAGAUCGGAAAGUUGCCAUAUUGCUGCAGGAAUGGAAGCUUGUUGCCUACCAUGAUGGAUGAAAGCAAAGCAAGGUCUAUUUUUCAGCUACAAGUCUUCAAGCUUCCACCAGACAUGAACCGAACGGCUCUUACUCCACCACAGAAAUGGAAAAUCUCAGGUAUCCUAAAUCCGGAAUACGAAUGUGGUGCUCCGAUCCGAGUCGUACCGACCGAGUUUCCAGACCCAAGCGGGCUUCAAUCAACGAGCACGGCGAUCGCUAGUUGGCAAGUUGUAUGCAACAUUACAAAGCCAAAAGUGAAGCAAUCAAAAUGUUGUGUUUCGUUCUCAGCAUAUUAUAAUGACUCAGUAAUUCCUUGCAAUACUUGUGCGUGUGGGUGUGAAGACACUGAUACUUCUAGUUGCAAUCCAAAUGCACGCUCAAUGCUGCUGCCUCCAGAAGCCCUUUUGGUGCCAUUUGAUAACAGGACAAAGAAGGCAAGGGCUUGGGCUAAAAUUAAGCACUACCCAAAUCCAAAGACGAUGCCUUGUCCUGAUAACUGUGGAGUUAGUCUGAAUUGGCAUAUUAACUCCGACUAUGCCGAUGGAUGGACUGCAAGACUCACACUUUUCAACUGGGAAGAUUACCCAUUUGAGGAUUGGUUCACUGCCGUUCAAUUGGGUAAGGCCGGCCGGGGUUACGAAAAUGUUUACUCCUUCAAUGGAACCAAGCUUCCCAACGUUAAAAAUACCAUCUUUCUCCAAGGCUUGCCUGGCUUGACUUACUUGAUGGGAGAGGUGAAUGGGACCAAUCCCACAUCGGAUCCGAGAAUUCCAGGAAAGCAGCAGUCCGUGAUCUCUUUUAAGAAGAAGGGCCUGCGCGACUUGGACAUACAACGAGGUGAUGGCUUCCCUAUUAAAGUGUUUUUCAACGGCGAGGAAUGUGCGCUUCCAAGGGCGAUUCCCUUGCCCAGUUCUGCCUGCCGCUGUCCCUAUGGUGUCAUGCGCCUCGUCUUCAUCUUGGCUGUUACUUUGGCGCUUAUAACAGAUCGCUUCCAUUGAUUGGAAUCAUCAUUGGCUUCCACAAUCUGUUGAUGAUCUUGGAACACAGUUUUGAAUACUUGGAAUAUAUAUUUUACUUCAAAAUUAUGAACUUGAGCUGAUGGUCAUGAUUAUGAUGAUGAUGAAAUGCAGCUAUCUGUUUGUUUCUAUCAAAAGGGCUCCUGAGUUUCAAUGACAUAUUAUCAUAAAACUUUGUACU